AUGGAUUCUGAAUAUUAUAGAAACCCCUGGAAUCAAGCUGUUAGCUUUGGAGUACCGCCAGGAAAUCCUGUCCCUGCUGCUGAAUCGGCUAUUAAGCAAUUGGAGAAUGUUAAGCUAAUUCCGGAUCAGAACACCAAUUAUGGUGGAUUGUUUGAAAGGUCAAGUUACAACCUCAUUGACUAUAAACACUACAACAUUGUUGGAGAGACAGGAGACAUACAUAAACCGAGAGGGGGAGAGGGAAAGGGCCAGAAAAUGUUGAAUCCAAGGGAGAAUGCAGAGAGGAGGAGAGGAAGAGAUAGGACAAUAGCUGUGGCAAUAGAUAAGGAUAAAAGCAGCCAAUCUGCUCUCAUAUGGGCUGUGGAUAAUCUUGUCACCAGAGACAACGUUUUGAAACUAGUCCAUGUUAGAGAGAGACAACCAUCCCCUCCUCCUGCAAAUUCAGUGUCAAAUGAUGACACACCAGAGGAACAACCGCCCGAUAAUCAAACGAUUGAUUUGUUUCUUUCAUUUCGAUGUUACUGUAGGCGUCGACAAGUACAAUUCGAAUGUGUGUUACUUGAGGAUACAGAUGUGGGAAAAGCACUCAUUGAAUAUGUUCACCAAGCUGGAGUUGACACUUUGUUGCUUGGAGCAGGAUCAAGGAAUGGUCUUUCCAGACUAUUCAAGACUGUAGAUAUUCCUGGCACUGUAUUGAAACGAGCACCCACUUUCUGCACUGUAUAUGUAGUUUCGAAAGGAAAAGUCAGUGGUUUGCGAAAUGCAACUCGUCCAGUCCCAGCUACGUAUACCUCUGGAGGGGCACAGCUGCUGCAGCGUAACUCGACUGUUGAAUUACCUACUACCAUCUGGUAUGAUGAGCUCUCGCCGGAUCACCCAGAUAGCCCGGGUGGAAGUUCUGAAAGGCCGAGCACUGAUACUGCGUUCUUUGCUUUUUAUGAAAAUCUGGGGCGUUCUGAACUAACCGGAAACUUGCGUAAGGACUUGUAUAUGGACGAAAGAGACUUCGAAUCGCAUUCAGCGUUCAGAUCCCCAGUUGAGCUUAACCCUAUUCCUGAAUUCGACAAUCAUGCAGAGCCUUGGUUGGAACAAAACGAGGAAGACCGUGAUGAGAUUCGAAGGCUAAAGAAUGAACUCAAGCAAACAAUAGAUCUGUAUCAUGCAGCCUGCAAAGAAGCACUUGCAGCAAAACAAAAGGCAAUGGAGCUUGAACAAUGGAAAAUGAGAGAGGAGAAAAGAAUACAGGAGGUGCAUCAAAUUGAGGAAACUGCAUUGAAGAUGGUGGAGUGGGAGAGAGCAAAGAGCAAGGCUGCAAAUGAAGCAGCUGAAGCAGCUCAGAUGCGUAUCGAGAUAGAGGUACAGAAGAGAAUCAAAGCUGAAAAGAAAGCUCUCAAAGAAGCUGAGGAAAGGAAGAGAGUUUUAGAUGCUUUAAGUCAAUCCCACAUAGUUGUCAAACAUCAGAGCUUAUACCACAUGAUAGUUGUUGUGUUUGUGUUUUACUUAUACUUCUCUGUAUUUAAAUGA